CUGUUACCAUGGCAAGCUUUAUCAGACAGUUGUCAUUCAGUAUACACACUUCCCGGAUUCAAGAUCCAUGGCCACCUGCUUAAAGCCAUUUUGCUCCAGAGCAAAAGUGGAUGCGAGAAAAUGUGUGCUUCACAAGAAGGGUGCAACAGCAUCAGCUUUCAUCAGAACACAAGAAAGUGUGAAUUGCAUGACGGUAACCACAUCUCACAUCCCGAAAGCGUUCUUCCAAGUGAGGGAUAUAUUUACGUAAACUUUCCAAAAAGGCCUCCAAAGAGAUGCAGUCGUAAGUUAUGCAGCAGACCGUUAGCAUGUGUGCCUGAAGGCGAUAGCUACAAUUGUGUAAGCUGCGAAGAGGCGGGACAGGUUUUGAAUUUUCCAAGAAAAUCUACCGAAGACCACGCUAUCCUGGAUGAGCCAUUUACGUCCUCGUUAAGUGCCUUCACACUUUCCCUAUGGGUCCAAGUGGACACAAGCACUCGCUCUAAUACUGCGUUCUCUUAUGGUACCCCGUUACACGUAAAUGCAAUUAGCAUAUUUAUUUAUCCCGACGCUGUUUCAACUACGAUCAUUGACUCUCAUGCCUCCCAUUAUGACAUUAAUUACGUUGUUGACGGCAAUUGGCAUCAUAUCAGCCUUACUUGGGAAAACACAAAUGGCAACGCAAAGCUGUACAUAGAUGGCGUAUUACGAAGCUCACGGAUCACAAAGCAAGGGGAAGUGAUCAGCAAGGGUGUGUUUGUGCUUGGCCAAGACCAAGACGUCUACAGGGGUGAUUUYGACAGCGCCCAGGCCCUGAAGGGAAAUAUARCSAGUGUAAACCUUUGGAGUAGAGAUUUCACUUCAGGAGAAGUGUCAGCCCUGGCCAUGACAUGCCCRACUAUUGAGGGGGAUAUUGUACAAUGGUCAACUUUGAAGACAAAGGCUGCUGGCCAGGCGAAGCUCGUGUGCUCCAAUUUUUGCAUGUAAAACGAAUGUUAAGCCRUUUUGCAAUGGAUCUACUAUUUUGGAUACUUCCCACAAACCGAGGUCAAUGACAGAAMACAACUUACUGAACUUUUKUCACUACAAAACCAAACUCAUUGCUGUAUAUUUCGCUGUUAUGCAGUCAAAAGGMAUUAUGUGCGCCCCCUCAAAAACACCAUUAUUCAGUUCAUUAUUCGAUUCUUGGUCGAUUCAACAUUACAUUGUUAAGAAAAGAAUGCGGCUGUAGAUUAAAGCGCCGAGUAGAAGACUUUCMAAACACCAACGCUUUCGCUAAAAUACACUAAAUAUAUCGGGCGGGUUUGAUUACUUACACCUUCGGCUGYCUUCUCAAAAGCAUUGGCAUGAGAUAAAGACCACACGAAAAGACAACUGACGUGAAUUUGAAGCAGUAUUAAUAAGGCCUUUUGAUCAAUAAAACGGACAUCAAUCUCUUCGGAAAAUUGGACGCAUUCAAAAUAACGGUCGAAUCUGGACGAACAAACCCCGAUUGAUAGCCGAACAUAGCUUAAAAAUAAACAUCCAAUGGCAAGCAGUAUAAGAAUGACGUCUUUAUCUCUYUUAACAAGCUUGGUGAAAGAAACCCACAUAAUAUCUGGAUUGCUGGUGAUAUGAACUUUCCUGGGUAUAAUUGGGRAUCCAAUCAUAUUAAGUCGAACUGCCGUUAUCCACGUACAGUUAACAUCACAAUUUACGGAUGCCUUGGAAGAUCACUCACUUACCCAUAUUGUAAAUAAACCAACAAGAGAGGAAAAUAUCCUUGACCUCUUUAUCACGAACAAUGAAACUCUGAUCAACAAGGUCCAAGUUAUCCCUGGGCUUARUGACCACGACAUAGAGGAGGCCGACAUCAGAACUACCCGUYCUUUUUCAGAGACCAAGGCACAUCUACCUGUAUAAAAAGGCAAAUUGAGACGGUUUCCGAGCUCACAUGUCACUAUCUCAGGGUAUGUUCUUGAGCAAGUACUAUGGCGACAAAACGCUUUCCACCAAUCAACUGUGGUCCCUGUUCCUGGAGAAACUGCAAGAGGGUAUCAAGAAAUUUAUACCAUCUUAUUAUGUCUUGGGCAAAAACCGGCUCCCGUAUGUAAACCGAAGCCUUAAGCGCCUCAUGAAAAAGGGACAAGUUGCAUAAAAAGAAAGAUCCUAGGUAUAAAUGCUUUAAGCAUCUGGUGCAUAGGAAACACGCUAAGAGUGAUUCCACAGGCAUACCGGUAUAUUUUGGGCGUAAAACCAGAGUGGUGGCAUUACAUAAAAUUGAUGGCAAGAUAGGGAGGGCUCAAAGUAAAAGUACCUAAUUAACAGACGGGAGGCCUUAACUUCAAAGUUUCUUUCAAA